CUUGCAUGAGCUGCUGUGACCUGAAAUGGUCACAAUUUAACUCAUUCUGGUGAGUGGAGCACAUCAAUCUAGCUAGGAGAGAAAACAGCUGCAACUGGCCAUUGUCUCUCUACAACUGUUUGACUUCCUGAUUAUAUGUUACUGAAAGAAUCAGUUCCCCAGACAUUAAAUGUAGUCUAGCUUUAGCGGCUUCAAAUGUUGAUUUCUUGAUCCUUAGGGAAAAAAUAAUAUAUAUAUUUAAUAGUGAAUUAUUGUUCCAGACCAUGGGACUCGGUAACAGCGGCCACUGAUGAAAAGGCCUUGGAGAUGAUAUGCAAGGAACGAAAUAACCUGGUCAAAUUACUUCAAAACAAUGCUGGUAAGGUGGCCAGUUGGUGAUCACACAGCAGGACUACCAUCGAAUCAACAAAGGAAAGGAUGCAGAGGACAAAAGAAGAAUAUUGUUGGAUGUGAUCCAGCGGAAGGGGGAAGUGACCUGUAAGCAAUUUCUGGAGAGUUUACAAAGCCUGUUUCCUGAUUUCCAACAGCACAUACAAUACUCAGGACAGGCCACUUUCGAUCUCUAGGCUUCUACUCCCUGCUCUGCUGGCAGGGCAUUGGGCAGCACCCUUUCCAGACCACCUGGGUGCAGGAGAUCAAGGAGGAGGGCAAGAGACUAGGCCUCGGAUGCAGCGACUGAGGCGGAUGCUGAGGAGGAAGGCCGGGCUGGUGGCUCCGGAGCCGGUAGGGAGCAGCGGCCGGCUUUCCCAGGAGGAGAGCGGCCCCUCUGUCCCCGCGGGCGGGGAAGAGGCCAGUGGCCAGGCGAGGAGGAGGAGCUCCCUGGCUUUCUGGAGGAGGAGGAAGACACCAGCUCCCUUAGCAUGCCCUGAGGCCCCUUCUGGUCCCAAAUGGAGGUGGCCCAGGGUGAUGCUAUGUAGGAGGGACCCAGGAGAGGGUGGGUGCCUGGGAAGGCGGCUCUGCAGCUUCCUUUACAGGAAGCAGAGGAGCCAGGAGCCGCGCCCCAGUGCCCAACCGGAGCCAUCCACCAGCCUGGCCACUGAGGAGCCCCCAGCCAGCCCAGAGCAGGAGCUGGGUGACUCUGGCACGGGGACCAGCAGCUCCUCCUUCUCCCGAGGGGCCAGCAGCCCCUCCGUGGGGUCUGAGAGCCCUGAGGCUGAAGGCUCCCUCUGUGCAGUUCAAAGCCUCCUCAACCGGCAUCUUAUUGAAUAUAUCCAGAGCUCUUCCAGGCAAUUUUGCGGCCGAUCUGGUCAUCUUGUGAGCUUCAGGGAUUUGAUGGAGUGUGCACAGUCUCUCAAAGAGACCCUCAGUGCCCAGCUGGAGGAGGAGGAGGAGGAGGAGGAGGAUGUGUCCCCUGAACAAGACACCAUCAGGGUCAUCCAGCAGCACCUCCAGGGCAGAGCUGAGUGGGUGGAGGACAGGGCCAAACAGCUCCGCUUCCUCCAUGCUGUCCCACGUCUGUGCUUCUCGGCACAGCAGCAGGGGUGGGACACUCUGGAGCCGCACUUCUCCAAAGCGGCCCUUGUGGAGAGCAUUGCGGAGCUGAUUGAAAAUCUGCCCAUGGCAUCUGAGCCGAGCUCCAUCGUCUCCAGCUCCAUGGCCGCGGUUUGCAGCCUCAGCAAACUGAAGCCACCACUUGCCCUGGAGCUGGAGUCACGCCUCCUGCGGGCUCUACUCUACACUAUUUUUACCAUGGGCACUGGGCAGGACACCACCCACUUCCAGGCUCUGCACAACACCUACUUAGAGAGCCUGGACAGCAUGCUCGGGGGCCUGCUGGCAGAGACCCCCACCACGGACAAGCUGCAGCACCUCUUGGAGCACCUCCAUUUCUGGCUCGACUCCAGAAACACCCAGGAGAGAGCUAGGGCCAUACGGAGCAGCGCUGCCCUGCUCCGAUUUGCCACCUCCCUCUCCGGAUUUGACACCUCCUCCGAUUUCCCCAAGGCGGGAAACUUUGUGCUGCAGCUGGGUCUCUGCAUCUCUGACCCAGCCGAUGACAUCAGCCGGCAAGCCAGGGAUGGGAUCUAUUGGCUGCAGAGGCUCCUGCUGCAGAGGAGGGGGCUGAACAUCAGAGAGGAGAGCGAUCUGUGGUGUCGGGACGGGCUCCAAGACACCGAGCGGCUGGCGUACAGGAACAUGGCCAGGGUGGGGGAGGUCUUUGGAGAGAUCUUCACGGAAGGCCAGAAAAGAUCUUUCCUCCAGGCAGCGCUUCUGGCCAUACAUGACCCCGAGAUCCGUGUCAGCCAGGCUGGGCUUGUGCUGACAUAUUCUAUCCUGGGGGAAGCCGGCCAGCUGAUUGGGAACGAGCAGGAGGACGUGACAGCGACGAUCAUGGCGCACCUGUUCUACAUCCGGUGCCUGCGCCAGGUGCCCAAAGCGCUGCAGGGGCUGUGCUCCGUGGGACAGCCUUGAAGGGCCCCCCCUUCCCAUGCCCAGAAGCUCCCACUCCCUGCCGCAGGAAGGGAGUCCCCCGAUUAGGGGUCUCUAGGGAUCCAGCUGGGCAGUGCCUAGGAGAACCUGUAAGUCAUCCUGGUUCCCGCCUGCAUGCACCACCCUGUCCUGCGCUGCCCUCCGGUUCUUCACUGUUGACUCUGGUUUGACCCUUGGCUCCGGUCUCUGAUUAUGACUUUGGCGUGACCCUUCUUGGCUCCAGAUGUUGCCUGCCCACCUUGAUUCCAUAUCUCCUUGCCCUUCUUUAGCCCCGCUCCAGGCCCUCCACUGACCCGCUCCAGCAUUGCCUUCUCCUCCUGAUCUUCCCCAACCACUCGGACGUUGACUACCCGGCUUUGACCCUCGGCCUGUAUCUGGACUCUGGCUUGACAUUGACUUGGCUGAUCUUUGCUCUCUGACUACCGGGCUAUGACCUUUGGCAUGGAUUUAGACUCUGGCCCUGGUUCUGCUUCUGCUUUGUCGAUGGACUCUGAUCUCGGUUUUGACCCUGGUGUGUCCCUGGACCUUGAUUCUAGCACCACUCUUAGCCUCGGCACAAUCCUGCACCUUGCUGCGACCUGCGCUCCAACCCCUGGGCAUCAUUAUCAGAUGCAGUACGUGACAUUAGGUGGUGCAACUUUUUGGAGAAAAGCAGGCUCUCCGCAAGUCAGUGGCCUGUAUGCAACAGGGACACACCACACCAGGUGUGAACCAGGGCCUCACUACAUGAGCCUGGCCCGAUGAUGUCCCUGCUGGAGUUGCGCAAUGGAAAUGACUGAAAAUGUCGGGGUUCCUUGAACCAGCCUCUGCCCCUGGACCUACUCCACCUUCUUGACUCGGACACCCGGCAUUCCUGAUCAAUACCCGGAUUACAUGGAUACCUUUGAAAGAAAUGGGGACUCGUUGCCUCUGCACCGGGACUAUGACUGCCCUCUUGACCUGCAACCUUGGUUGAAAGUUGCCUUCACCAGUAUUUACACAUCGGUGGAACCAGAAUUAGUGGCUCUCCCUGCGUACAGGCCUGAAUACCGGUCCUAAGAGUUUAUGAGCAAAUAAGCGUUUCCCACAGGUGCCCAGGCCCUUUUGGGGAAGAAGAAAUGUGGGACUCUACUAUGUCUCUCUUUAGACAAUCAGCCCCUGAAAAAAAUGAUCGUUUGGAACCAUAACCCCCUGCUGGGAAUCCCACAAUUGUUGGCUCGCAGGAAAUCUGCAAAGUUGUUCAUCAAACUUCAUCUGUGAGGAUUUCCAAUCUAACACUCAUUUGGGCAGGGGACAAAUGGAAGGCAGAUUUCAAAGCACACUAUGGACAUUUUAACUGUCAGACAUGCCAUUUGAGCUAACUAACGGUCCCCUGCCCUUGCAACACUUCAUCAGUGAUGUAUUUGGGGCCAUUGUGGAUCCGCACAGUGUCAUCUAUUCAGGUGACAGACUUCUUUUUUUUGAGAACCGAGAGCAGCAUGCGCACCACACCUGAACCUGGAGAGGUUUCGGCAGCAUGGUCUCAGCACAGAAUUGGAAAAGCGUACCUCCGGCCAACUCUCCACAGAGUUUUUGGGGUACGUCCUCUCCCCGGAAAAUGUUACGAUUGAUCCAAAUAAGGUGGAAGCCAUUCAUAGAUGGGACGAAGUUUGAAGUCCUCAAGAAGACCAUCGUUUCCUAGACUUCACCUGCUUUACUGCUGCUUCGGCCCAGGGUUCUCAGAGCCAAUAACCCCCACGAGAGCUCUCCUCCACAUAAUGGCCACGUUCGUUUGGUCACCCAAGUUCCAAAAAGCCCGCAAACAGCUCACAACUGCCUUCACUACUGCACCUAUUUGGAGGCUCAGCGCUCAUCCUGGAAGUAGACGCAUCUACUAUGACCACCAGGGCCUGCUUCAUUUGCUGGUGCCAGAUGUGUGCUGAAAUUCAGACUUAGCUUGACUGAGGUGACUUCUGCGCUUUCACCAAGGCACCACGCACCAAACUCCUUGGCAUUUCAGGCCUCUGGAGACCCUGCCCUGGCCAUGGGCAGCCAUUGCCAGGAAUUUUACCGAAUCAAAUGGCCACAUGAUGGAACUGACUCUCAUAGAUCACCUGACCACGAUGGUGCGCUUCAUCCUCUUCUGAACAUGUACUGUCGAUUGAGAGGACAGAUCAGUUCUGAAUUUGCAAAGGCCAAUGAAACCUUUAUUUUGCUAAAUGUAGAUUUCCCACUGAUUUCAUGUCAUGCUACAAAUGACCUCUCCGAAAUUCCCAGCUAUCGACCUGGGUCAACAAAUCCAUCACAUGCAAGAAGAAUGA